AUGAGUGCGCCAAAUACCAUCCCACCUCCUGGCGAGCCUGCGCCUGAACUGCUUGACGGCCGCAUCUGGGUCGACGGGUGCUUCGACUUUUUCCAUCACGGCCAUGCUGGCGCCAUGGUCCAGGCUCGCCAGCUCGGCAACGAGCUCUAUUGCGGCGUGCACUCCGACGAGGACAUCAUGGCCAACAAGGGUCCGACCGUCAUGAACCUCAAAGAGCGUCUCGCUGCCACCGACGCCUGCCGCUGGGUCACCCGCUCCGUCGGCCAUGCCCCCUAUGUUACCGAGCUGCCCUACAUCUCCCACUUUGGCUGCAAAUACGUCGUCCACGGCGACGACAUUACCUCGGACAGCGACGGCAACGACUGUUAUCGCUUCGUUAAGGAGGCUGGGCGCUUCAAGGUUGUUAAGCGCUCCCCAGGCAUCUCCACUACCGACCUCGUCGGCCGCAUGCUGCUCUGCACCCGCACCCACUUCAUCAAGUCUCUGGAGAAUGUCCUGGCUGGUACGGAGGGCGGCGGCACCGAAGAGGAGCGCAAGGCCACGGCCGCGGCCAUGAACGACAGGCUGGCCCUGUAUGCCACUGAUGAAACCGCCAAGGCUCCCGGUGCCGAAAUUUGGUUCUGGCGCGCGUCGCUCGAGGCCAAGUCGGAGGAAACGGCCCUUGAGAAGGGCGAGUUCCGCCAAUUCCUGGAGGGGCCUGGUCCUCAACCUGGUCAGCGCAUCGUGUAUGUCGAUGGUGGUUACGAUUUGUUUUCUAGCGGUCAUAUUGAGUUUCUGCGUAAUGUUCUCCUGGAGGAGGAAAAGCUCGCCAAGGCAACAGACUGGUUUGGUGAAGCGGCCGCGGCCAAGCGCAAGCAAGCAACUGGCAAGGACUAUGGUCCGUCAUACGUUGUCGUUGGUGUUCAUGAUGACAACGUCAUCAACUCAUGGAAGGGCGUCAACUAUCCCAUUAUGAACAUUUACGAACGCGGUCUUUGCGUUUUGCAAUGCAAGUACAUCAACGCCGUCAUUUUUGGCGCGCCAUUCACUCCCACGGAGCCCUACCUUACCAACCUACCCUGGGGCACGCCCAGCGCCGUCUACCACGGCCCGACCAAAUUCAUGCCGCUCACAUAUGACCCCUACACAGCGCCUAAAGCCCUCGGCAUCUACCGUCAGGUCGGCGCGCACGAAUUUGCCGACGUCAACGCCGGACAAAUCGUUGACCGCAUCAUGAAGAGUCGCGAGAUGGCGAGAAGCUGCGGCGAAGCAAUAGACAUCACCACGUAUGACCAAGAUGUGAUGUUGAAAGUAUAUUGCAGUUGUUCCGCGUACGAGAGUGUUCUGUAUAUUAAUAGGAUGGAUUGGGCCAAGGACCCGGCUAAUUAA